AAGAUAGCCUCAUUAGAAUAACAUACACAACUUCUUCAUAAUUUUCUUCAACAUCAAAUCUUAAUCAAACACCGAUAAUAUAGCAAUUAUCAACUCAACCAAUUACAAUGUCUUUCGAUCUCUCCGUCAUUCUCCCUCGUGUUCUAAUUGUUUCUAGACGAACCCUUCGCAAGAACAAAUUUGUUGAUUUUGUUGGUGAAUAUCACCUUGAUCUUAUAGUCGGUUAUGGCGCGGUACCGGUCAUAGUUCCUCGUGUCUCCGGGGUCCACAUGUUGUUGGAUAGCUUUGAACCAAUUCAUGGCGUACUUCUAUGUGAAGGAGAAGACAUUGAUCCAUCAUGGUAUGAACAAGACACAUCAUGUCUUUCUCAAGAGGAAUUAGAAGAAAUAAAGAGACUACAUGUGAGUGACACAUCAAUUGAUAAAGAAAAAGAUUCAAUUGAAUUAGGACUAGCCAAACUUUGUUUAGAAAGAAACAUUCCCUACAUGGGAAUUUGUAGGGGAUCACAAGUCCUAAAUGUGGCAUGUGGAGGCACUUUAUAUCAAGACAUAGGAAAAGAGCUUUCAAAAAGUUGUUUAGAGAGUGAAAAGGUGGUGCAUAUGAAUUAUGAUGAUUAUGAUGGACAUAGACAUGAGGUAAAAGUUGUUGAAAACACACCUUUGUAUCAUUGGUUUAAGGAUUCUUUGGAAGAAGGGAAAAUGGAGAUUUUGGUUAAUAGUUAUCACCAUCAAGGUGUUAAGAGACUUGCACAACGUUUUCUUCCAAUGGCUUUUGCACAUGAUGGUUUGGUUGAAGGGUUUUAUGAUCCUGAUGCUUAUAAUCCUGAAGAGGGUAAGUUUAUUAUGGGAUUGCAGUUUCAUCCUGAACGUAUGAGGAAGGUUGAUUCAGAUGAAUUUGAUUAUCCAGGAUGCCCCUUUGCUUAUCAGGAAUUUGUGAAGGCAGUGGUUGCAUAUCAGAAGAGGUUGAGUAGUUUAACAUCGAUUAAAAAGCCUCUAAUGCUUAAUAAGGAAAUGGAAAACAAAAGGAAAGUUAUUGUGCGUAGUUUCUCACAUGCAAAAGACCUCUACAAUGCUGGUCGUGGGAUGAACUCAACCAAAGAUUCUGAACUUGAAGCUGGAGCAGAGUUUCUUGAGUCAAACACAGCCUUGAGCGUGCAACAAGAGAAUAGGCUAAAGCAAAUGGGUGCAACAGUUAGAAAUGCAGGGUCAUACAUUGAGAGAUUGAAGUUGAAUGAGGAAAGAGAGAAAAUGGCAAGAAGUGUGAUGGGAAAAAUGUCAAUUGAAAAAUUAUCAGAACUCUUGUCUUUCUAUCACACUAUGGGACAGAUUUGUUCAGAAGUGUUGGAAAGAAAGAUACAUGGCAUUGUGAAUGACAUUAGUUUAUGAUUUUGUUCCUAAUUCAUUUGUCUUUUGUUGACCAUGUAGUGUUUGCUCCAAGUUUGAUGUGCUACACUACGGGGCAUGAUUAUGUUUGUAUUAUUUUUCUUCCGUCUUGUUUUUGGUGAGAGUGCUCAUUUUUGUAAUACUUUUUUUUAUCCUUCUAUUUUGUUACCUAACUUUGUCCAUUGCACAUGUAUAUGCAUGUUUUGUCACUUACAUUAUAUCCAGUGGAAUAAAAAAUGCAUUUAUUUAAAA